AUGAGUAAAAAUGUGAUAAUGCAGCAGCCGGGGGCUCCGCUACCUCCUGGAGCUCCCGUUGAAUUCAUGCCGGCCAUGCAGACCAUCGCUGGCGUACCACCCGGCCUCGAAUACCUGACCCUCAUCGACAAACUCGUCAUCCAGCAGAAAAAGAGCCUCCUGGAGGCCGUCACAAGCUGGGAGGUGACGAACAAAUACGCCAUUUACAACGCUGCCGCUCAGCAGGUGUACUGGGCCUACGAAGAGUCGGGGUGUUGUAUGCGGCAAUGUUGCGCUAAUGCGAGAGGAUUUACGCUGCAUAUCGUGGAUAACUAUCAGAAGGAAGUACUGACCAUCCGUCGCCCAUUCAAAUGUUGUGCCUGCGGAAAUUGCUGCGCUUGCUGUUUGCCAUGCCAGAGCGAGAUUACGGUAGAAUCGCCACCCGGGAAUGUGAUCGGCAUCGUCCGGGAGCAGUUCGGCUGCUGCUCUUUCCAACUUUCAGUCCUCAACGCCGACGAGUCGCACGAGGAUUUAAAGAUAUCCGGCCCAAAUAUGUGCUCCUUUAACUGGUGCUGCAAUUGCUGUUCCGACAAGGUGUUCGAGAUCCUGGCCCCGGCCACCAACCAACCAAUCGGCACGAUCCGUAAGAAGUGGACCGGCGCCGUCAAGGAGAUUUUCACAGACGCCGACAAUUUUGUGGCCGAAUUUCCGCUGGAUCUGGAGGUGAAGGUCAAGGCCACGCUGCUGGCAGCUACGUUCCUUGUGGACUUCUUGGCCUUCGAGAACAACGAGCAGAACGGAGGUGGUGGAGGCGGA